UCCUACGUACACUUGGUGACUGGGGUCCCAGGGAAAGACCGCGUGUGCAAGUGGCGGACACUCGAUGUGUGGUGUGUCCACGUGUGCAGGCUCGGGAGGGGAGGGGGCGUAGAAGGCGUGACAAAGACGGACUUUGUGUCUGAGUGUGCGCCUCGCUCCAGCCCGGAGCAGCUAACCGCCCAGCUUGUGUCUCACGGGAGAGCCAGGACGAAGGUGACAAAGGCUGGGUGUCCGUCACGGAGAGUCGCGCCAAGGUACCCCCGCGCGUGGCCGAUCGCGCGCGCCGGGACAUGCGGGGAGGGAGAGCCUGCCCGCUGGGGGUGCCGGGCUGCACCCCACACCGCUUGGCCGAGGGAAAGCCGAAUCCAGAAAGUGAGUGCGCGCGAGUGUGCGCGCGCCCGAGUGCGGGGGCGUGGCAGUAAACAGCAACAACCCACACGCCAGCCCCGCCAGGAACUCCGCGCUCCCUCCCCGGCCGGAAAGUGCGACUCGGCCGAGCCCGGAGGGACUCCGCUGGAGCCUGGCCUGGGUGCCAGGAUGGCCACGCGUAAAGCCCUGCUGAUGUGCCUAGGACUGCCUCUCUUCCUAUUCCCAGGAGCCCAGGCCCAGAACCAGGCCCCACCUGGCUGCAGCCCAGACCUCAACCCCCUCUACUACAACCUGUGUGACCGCUCUGGGGCUUGGGGCAUCAUCUUGGAGGCAGUGGCUGGGGCGGGCAUCGUCACCACGUUUGUGCUCACUAUCAUCCUCGUGGCCAGCCUCCCCUUUGUGCAGGACACCAAGAAGCGGAGCCUGCUGGGGACCCAGGUGUUCUUCCUGCUGGGGACCCUGGGCCUCUUCUGCCUCGUGUUUGCCUGCGUGGUGAAGCCCGACUUCUCCACCUGUGCCUCCCGGCGCUUCCUGUUUGGGGUCCUGUUCUCCAUCUGCUUCUCCUGCCUGGUGGCCCACGUCUUUGCCCUCAACUUCUUGGCCCGGAAGAACCACGGGCCCCGGGGCUGGGUGGUCUUCACUGUGGCUCUGCUGCUGACCCUCGUGGAGGUCAUCAUCAACACGGAGUGGCUGAUCCUCACCCUGGUCCGGGGAGGUGGCGAGGGCAGCCCUCCGGACAACAGCAGCGCCAGCUGGACGGCGGCCUCGCCCUGCGCCAUUGCCAACAUGGACUUCGUCAUGGCGCUCAUCUACGUCAUGCUGCUGCUGCUGGGUGCCUUCCUGGGGGCUUGGCCCGCCCUGUGUGGCCGCUUCAAGCGCUGGCGCAAGCACGGCGUCUUCGUGCUGCUCACCACGGCCACCUCCAUUGCCAUCUGGGUGGUGUGGAUCGUCAUGUAUACCUACGGCAACAAGCAGCGCAACAGUCCCACCUGGGAUGACCCCACGCUGGCCAUCGCCCUCGCCGCCAACGCCUGGGCCUUUGUCCUCUUCUAUGUCAUCCCCGAGGUCUCCCAGGUGACCAAGGCCAGCCCAGAGCAAAGCUACCAGGGGGACAUGUACCCGACCCGGGGCGUGGGCUACGAGACCAUCCUGAAAGAGCAGAAGGGGCAGAGCAUGUUCGUGGAGAACAAGGCCUUUUCCAUGGAUGAGCCGGCCUCAGCUAAGAGGCCGGUGUCGCCAUACAGUGGGUACAAUGGGCAGCUGCUGACCAGUGUGUACCAGCCCACCGAGAUGGCCCUGAUGCACAAAGGCCCGUCCGAAGGAGCUUACGACAUCAUCCUCCCACGGGCCACAGCCAACAGCCAGGUGAUGGGCAGUGCCAACUCGACUCUGCGGGCUGAAGACAUGUACUCGGCCCAGAGCCACCAGGCAGCCACACCAUCGAAAGACAGCAAGAACUCUCAGGCUCAGUGCCCGCAAAGUAAAACGAGAUGGUAGAAGUCCUCUUCCCUGGACCGCACGUCACCCUGAUGUCCUCAGUACUCUGUAUCCAGGCUGGGCAGAGCCCAGCACCUCUCCCGUCCUUGUCACUGGAGCUGGGAGGGACUGGAGGCCACCGGCUGAAGCAGUGGACUGAGUGGGGCUCCUGUGAAGCCCUGAGUAUGUGGCUGAGGCCUUAGGGCCACCCCCUUCCUGCCCAGCCCACCCUCAUGGUCCCCCAGUGGCUGUGGCUGCAAGGAGCGGUCUGCAGACCCUAGCCUGCCUCCAUCCCCCCCAGGACCACCCUGCCACCAAAUCACAGCCCCUGUGUCCCCAUGCCCAGCUCCUCCAGGUGGCCAUCAUCCCUCCUGGGAAUGACAGGCCCCAGAUGCCCCUGUCUUGACGCCGUGGACCUUCCUGGCCUCGCCAUUUUUUGGUGUCCAGCAUCAGCUUGUCCCCUCUGCACCCAGGUGGAUCUCCUCCCCUGUGAGUCUUGGGAGCCAAGCCAUGGCAGAAAUUGGUCCUUGCCCUUCUCUUCAAGGCCUCUUGCCACCACUCGGGCUUUGGAAGGCCGUUGAGACAGGGGCAGAGCCCUGCCUGAGGCCUGGACACACACUCUCUCUCUUCGCAGUCUCUGGGUCCCAGAUCUGAGUCCCUGGGGUACUUCGCUGGCGAUCCCCUUUGCGCCAUCACCCCGAGUCCUCCCCACCUUCCCACCAACCGUCCCACUGACAACCGGGGUUCCAGUCCUGCCUGAUCUCUGCUCCCAGCCGCCCUCGCCGUCUGGGACCAGGACGCCUGCACUGUUCCCAGCCAGAGAAGCUAUGUUCUUCCUUCAGCACUACCUCACGGACAGCCACGAAGGCGCUGGGGUCAGCGGGCACAGUGGCUCGGCACUGUUUAUGUGCCCACAGACGUUCUCCCUGGGCCUUCUCCCUUGUCUGCUUCUGGUCUCCCAGCCGGUGCAGAAGGUGGCUCCUGGGGCAGGGGCAGUCAGCACUGAAGUACCUGCAUCGCACAGGCUCUGGGCCAGCAGCAGGGGCUUGCUGUGGCCACCGGCUGUCUCUGGCCAGGGUCUGGGGGUCCCUUAGGAGACACGGAGUGGGGGUCCAGGCUGCAUGCUCAGCGCCAGCCGGGAGUCCUACAUCGGCUGAACUGGGGUCUAGGCCUCUCCCAUGACUGAGACUUGCGGGCUGUGGGAGGCCCCUCAGGCAAGGGGGACCCAGGACUAAGACUGUGCUGUGUCCUGAUGGGCAGACGAGCACGUUUCUACCUCAUCUUGGGCAGCGGAUCUUCUUGGGACACCUGGACGUGCUGCUGCUGCUUUCACCA